AUGCCACCUCAGAGAAUGUACCCAUCUGCAGAGAAUAUGGGUGACCAUCUGCAGAGAAUAUGGUUGACCACCUGCAACCAGACUACAAGUUUUAAAUUCAGGGACAGAAGUGAGCGGGUCCCACCCCUUCCCGCUCUCACUUUCUUCGGACCGGUCGCAGAUGCUGCUGCCUCUGCCAUCCGGCGAGCCAGAGUGUCCCAGGUACUACUGGUUCAGGGGUACCUAGCAAAAUCAGGCUGGGGAUUUCCCAAAGGAAAAGUAAAUAAAAAAGCUCCUUGUGAUUGUGCUGCUAGAAAGGUCUUUGAAGAAACUGGUUUUGAUAUCAAAGACUAAAUUUGUAAGGAUGAUUACACUGAACUGAGAAUCAAUGAACAACUUGCUCCUUUGUACAUCAUUCCAGGAAUUCCAAAAGACACAAAAUUUAACCCCAAAACCAGAAGAGAAAUUCGGAACAUUGAGUGGUUCUCCAUUGAGAAAUUACCUCACAGAAAUGAUAUGACCCCCAAAUCCAAAAUUGGUUUGGCACCUAACAAAUUUUUUAUGGCCAUUCCCUUUAUCAGGCCAUUAAGGGACUGGCUAUCUCAAAGAUUUGGAGAUUCCUUAGACAGUAACAGUGGAUUUUCCUCAGCUGGUAACACACCAGCCAAACCCACUGUGGAAAAAUUGAGUCAAACCAAAUUCCACCAUAGCCAGCAGUUAUUUCCUGAAGGUUCUCCUGGAGACCAGUGGGUAAAGCACAGGCAGCCAGUGCAGCAAAAGCCAUACAACAACCAUUCCGAAAUGUCUGACCUAUUAAAAGCAAAAAAAUGUGAAAAGAAACUGCAUCCACGAAAACUUCAGGAUAACUUUGAAGCAGAUGCUGUAUAUGAUUUGACUUGCUCCAUUGAAGACCAGUUGCUAGAACAUCCUGAGGAACAAUUUGUGGCAUGUAAUGGACAUUGCAAGUCCCACUUUUCGUCCAGAGCCUUUUUGAGUUUCAAGUUUGACCACAAUGCUAUAAUGAAAAUCUUGGACUUUUGA